UAUGAGAAUAUUUAUUAACAAACAGUACUGUUCAUGUAAUUUGCCCGAUAGCACUUUCCUGUUGACCAAAUGAUGGAACGCUUUAGAGAACAUUCUGAAGAACUGGGAAAUAAUGAAAUUGAUGACUUGGAAGUAAUAGGUACUCAAGCCAGUGCUGAUGAUGAUAUCUUUGAUGCAAUCAUAGGACACAUUGAAGACAUUUUUAUGGAACAAAAUUUCCAAGAACUGCAGAAAUGUUUCAUGGAAAAGCACUGGCAUGAGUUUGAAGACAAAGAGGAAAACAAAUUAUGCUAUAUGGAUAUCUUCAAAGAAUAUAUAGACAUUAUUGAAAAACACAUUGAAACACACCUCAUGAUGAAUAUUCCAAACUUUUCAAUGGAGAAGUUCAUUGAACAGCUACAGACACGAAGAAGUGAACUGGAUGGUGAGGUAUUUGAGAUACUCUUUACAUUUUCAGACUUCACAGCUUUCAAGGAAAUGUUCUUGGACUAUAAGGCAGUGAAAGAUGGAAGAGUGGAAGAUUUGAGCAAAGGCAUAUGCAUUACUUCUGGGGGUUUACAUUAGGAAAGAAUAGCAGCCAGUUCUACAGCAAGAAUGGAUUUGCAUAAUAAGUUUGUAAGAUUUGAGGCUUUCACGGCGGUGACUAUGAAGAAAGCAGUCUUCUGCAUAAUAAGUUUGUUAAAAUAUAUAUAUUUUGCUGCUUGCUGGUGGAUAGCACAUAGAAUGCAAUACAUGCGUAGAUGUUCAUUAAUUAUAAGAUCACCAAAUACACAUAUUAGUGAAAAUAUCAGAGAAACCGUAGUAAAUAUAAAAAGUGUAAUACCAAAAUGAUGAUGUACAGACAUGAAACAGAAGGUGAAUACUUUAUAUUGCUGCAUGACAAAGUUUGUAAUAUCAAACUAUAUGUGAUUGUACAAAUUACAUCAGUGAAAUGAAAUAUUACAGUGCAUAUACUACAAUAUCAUGAUCAUAUACAUAUGGUCAGUUUUUCAUAGUGGUUAUGUAAUCUUCCAUUUUCUUGAGUGCACUCCAGACUUAUCUUCAGCUUUCAGAAUUGCUGUCCAUAACACUUUGGUUAGUUAAAGAUGUUGGAAAUAAAUUAUUCAGUUCUGUGCAAGGCUCUGAUGGAUGGGCUUCAUUUUAUUGUCAUGCUUAUAGUAAGAUAUCUUCAGCCUGAAAAAACUGAAGCAUUAUUGAGAAUGAGAAAGCCUUCCUCCAACUAGUUGUGUACAAGUUCUGUGAAAGCUAUAAGAACUGUAAUUGUACUUGUUGAGAGAAGAACAUAGAUUGAGGGUGUCUGAAAACAGGGUGCUCAGGAGAAUGUUUGGACCUAAAAAAGAAUGUGACAGGAGGGUGGAGGAAACUAUUUCAUAAUUGGUACUCAUCAUUAAAUAUUACUAGAGUGAUCAAGGGGCAGGGCAUGCAGCCAAUAGGACAGAUAAGAAAUGCAUUCAAACACCAUCAUUUGUUCUGUUAAUGAAUUUAUCAAUAUGUAGUGGCUCAACAAUGUACUCUGAGGCAGCGUUGCUAAAACACGCACUUCCACCAUGGUAGGGUUUUAGGACUGUAGCACUGGAAGACUACUUAACCCAUGAAUCCCACAGUACUUUCAUCUGCUGAUAUACUUUACCAUGAAAUAAAAUAAUCCAGAAGUCUGA